AUGAAAGUCGCGGACCUUGGCAUGGGAUGGGGCACUGCGGCUGCGUAUAUGCACGAACAUGGCAAGCUCGACGUUACGGGCGUGUCCCUCAGCGAGCAGCAAGUCAAGUGGGCAAAGGAGAAUCUUGCAAAGCCUGGGCUCAAGUUCGUGUGGUCUGAUUACCGGGACCACUGCGAGGACCCUGCGAUCGCCGGCACCUAUGACCGGGUCUACAGCAUCGGUAUGUUUGAGCACCUCGGCCCCAAGAACUACGAGUCUUUUUUCAAGUGCGUCAAGGCCCUUCUGAAGCCAGACGGCUUGGCAGUGAUUCACACCAUCGGUGAGCCAGAUUAUCUUCCCAUCAGUGACCCGUUCCUCGAGAAGUACAUUUUCCCGGGCGCAGUCAUACCCACAAUUUCUGGGAUGAGUGCAGCAUUCGAGAACCACUUCAUCCUUGAAGACUUCCAGAACUUUGGGCACGACUACUCGAAGACCCUGGCCGCUUGGCACGUGAACUCGCUGGAGUUCUUCAAGCAAAAGCCAGAAGCGUACACGCCCGAGUUCCAGCGCAUGUGGCACUACUACCUCAAGAUGUGCGAGGCGCUCUUCGAGCUCCGCAUCAACCAGCUGUGGCACUUCGUGCUGUCGCCGAGGAGGCUGGCCAAAGCGGGCUAUCUGGCCGAGUCGGAGGGCAAGGAGCGUGAGCCACCGUUGAAGUACGACAUGGACAAAGACGACUUGCCGUCGCCCACGGCGCAUGGCGCUGAGGAGUGCACCCUCGGCGCCACGCAGCCCGACCCCGAGCCAGCGCCGCCCGCCAUCCACUUCGAUUGGGGCGAGGAUGACGAGGAUGACGACGAGAGCUUUCGCGCCGACGACGAGAGCCUCGACGAUGACACCGAAUCGGAAAACAGCUGGAUGGAACCGUCCCUGCACGACUCGGACAGCGACGAGGGUGGCGACGUCGAUGACAGCGGGACGUCCUUCACGGGGUGCCCGUCGGACGAGGACAUGCCGCAGCACUCCGGCAUCGACGGCGACUCGGACUCGCCUUGGCAGGGCGACGAGAAGACCGACCAGUCUGCCUUGCAAAGCUAUGUCGAAGAAGUAGACGGCACCAAGGUCGGCGACGUCGCCGAGGUGGUCGCGGUGGACGAGACCGCCGCGCGCCGCGGCGAUUCCAAGAUCAGCGAGCCCAUCGGUUUCAAGCCAAAGGCCCGCACCAUUGGCAGCCGCGUGCGAAAUCCCCAUCCAGAGGAAAGUGGAGCCAGGAAGGAAACAGUGGAACGUGUCAAGAAGAUACGCUUGAAGAAGGCCUCGGCGAAGACGCGCAUGAAGAAAAGCGCGGCGAUGACAGGGCAGAAGAAACGCACUCGACACUACAGGCAGAAAGCGGGCACCCAGGACGACGAGCACACGUCUCGGUGGCUUCGGGCGGCGGCGGAGUCCGCGAAGAAGGCGAACUUGAAGGCGUCGGGCCACGGCGCGCGCCGGAAGGCCGAGUCCGAUCUCGGAGCCAUGCUCAAGAAGGCUGUGCUGGAGUGCUUUUGCGCCACCAGCGCGCCGCUGCAGGAGCACGAAGCCACGGUGGCCGACGUUCUGCAACGCGCCGAGAAAAAGGAGGCAAACCACGAGCAAACCCCGCCGCCAGGGGUAGGAUACAUGGCGAUGGGCGCAGCUGGCCAGCGCCAGCCUGGAGAGCCCGCCGCCCGAGCUGCGGCCGUAUCGUCGGGCGCGCUUGGUGGCGCCGCGGCCAGGUUCAUAGUCGACGCGAGCGUCGGCGAUCAGGCUUGUCACAGAACAGGCGGGACCCAUUUUGGCAUCGAGUUCGAUCUCAAGUUCAAGUUGGAGCACGCCCGCCGCGGGCGGGCGACGUUCACGCCGCGGGAAUCCUCGCAGGCUCGCGCGGCUGCCGCAUUUCUGAUGGGCCGUUCUGGCUGCGCCCCGCCUGUGAACCCAGAGCUCGCGCUCAUCCCUGGGAGCAGCGGGGCUGUGAACCUUGGCGGGGCGGCGCCCCGCCGCGUCUGCGUUGAUUUUGUCACGGGCGCUCCAGGCGAGGCGCCCUUACUUCUCUGGGUGGGCGACGUCGUCCAAUGCGCGCAUGGCGCCAGUAAGUCAGCGUUUGCCAGGUUGUCUGAAGCAGACCUCGCGCUCGCCAGGAACAUCGGUUCUGCGCAGUUGUCCACGGGGGCGAAGUCCAGCACCAUAGUCACGUCGGACAGUGUGUCCGACGCGAAGUCGGACGCCGACGCCGACGACCCCGACCUGGGCCCGGACCCGGGCGCCUGCCUGCCCUGGUCGGGGCUCUGGCGUUCCCGUUCCCCGGCGUUGCUGGCGCGCGGCGCCGCGGUGCUGGCGUUGCGGAAGGGCGGCGAGGACGCCGAGGAGGCGCUCGAGGUCGUGGCGGAGCUGCGGGCGACAGGCGCGAGGCCGCUGCGGCCGCUGCCGCUGCUGCUCUUCCCGCAGGGGCUGGCACGCUGCCGAGGCGGCGAGCGCCCGCCGGUCAGGAGGUUCUCUACCGUCGUCACGGAUUGCUCCACCCACCGCACCUACGUGGCCGUGCACGUCUGCUUCGUGCAGGACGGUCUCGAGGAGGAGGCCUUCGAGCCCCUGGUCACCUGCCUCUGGUCCGACCUGCCCGAGGUGGCUGCGCCCCCCUUCCUCGCGCUGCUCUCCGCGCUGCACGCCGCGGGGGUGGGCGAGGGUUCGGCACAGAGCGCCGCUUGGAGCCCGGCCCGGGCCGGCUCCGCCGCGCCGGGUGCGUGGGCAGAGCGCUUCGCGCAGCUGUGCGGCUGGCUCGUGCACGAGGCC